UAGGCGGCGACAGAGAGCGCCGUUUCUGUAAAAACAACAUCUCACCUUCUUUCUUCAGUCCAAGUGCUGGAGCACGUUUGAGUGACCAUGGAGUGCGUUUGCUGUCAUGUAGUUGAGCGUUAAUACGGCGUGAACAGCAGCGGAGCGGGGGGACUGUUAGCGCGGACACCAGGAGCCUCGGGUCGAGCCAUGGCUGCACGGGAGGAAGGAGAGGUUCUGCACGGCAAAACACGGCACCACGACGGAGCUGCUGCUGCCUCUGCCGCCGCCGCUGCUGCCGCUGCUGGAAGUGUAAACAGCUCGGAGGGCUUCAGGAACGGCUAUGUGAAGAGCUGCGUCACCCCCCUGAAACAGGACCAUCACAGGGGCUUUUUGUUGAGCGUGUGCAGGUUUUGCAACGAGGACGUUCUCAAUUCCAAACUGCUGAAGGUCUCUGCCCUGUACGUCGGCGCGUUCGUCGCCUUCGCGGUCUCUCUGCUCAUUUCUAGGAGCUUGCAAAGUGACUCGCUGUGGGAUUUGCGGACUUUCCUGUCGGGCUUCUCCCAGUCCAUCAGCCCUCUGUUCAGCAUAGGAUGUGCUUUCUUCUUCCUCACGUUCUACCUGCGCAGGAGAAAGAAGGAGAGCAGCAAAUGUUGGCUCCUGUCACUGCCAGCGUCGUGCUACCUCGGGGAUUUUUUGGUUUUGCGCUUCUUGCAAUGGGGAGAGGAGCAGCACCAGAUGCAAAUGGUGGGCAGGUUGUUAUUCGUGCUGGGAUGUGUGGGUCUGCUCACGCUCAUCCCGACGCUCAAACUCAAACACAGCGUCCUCAUCCUGGUGUUCGCCAGCGUCGUGUGGCUGGUGUCGUUCACAAGUUUGAGCGCUCUGCCCGCGCUGCUCAGACCGCUGCUCGCCUGCGCCGCCGGGGUCUCCGGCUCGCUGCUGGGGCUCUGCUUCGACCGCUACUACCCGUCGAGGGAAGCGCCGAGUGGGAUUUCCAGCGCCGAGGAGAAGGUGCCCGUGAUCCGACCCAGGAGGAGGUCCAGCUGCGUGUCGCUGGGGGAGACGUCCACCAGCUAUUAUGGCAGCUGUAAAAUGCCCCGCAGACCCUCGUUGCCCUGCAUAUCCAGAGAACAGAUGAUCCUGUGGGACUGGGAUCUGAAACACUGGUACAAGCCGCAGUAUCAGGGUGCGGUGAGCGGCAACGGCGUGGACCUGUCGGUCAUCAACGAGGCCAGAAACCUGGUGUCGGACCUGCUGAUGGACUCGUCUCUGUCCCCGCACACCAUCUCGUCUCUGCGCAGCGUCUCCAGCCUCAUGGGGACGUUCUCGGGGUCGUGCCGCCCCAGGGUCAACCCCUUCACCCCCUUCCCGGGUUUCUACUCCUGCGAUGAGGUGGAGGACUCCGUCGAGAGGAGCGACAGGAAAACCAUCAAGGGUCUGAGCAGCAGGAACAGCCUCCCCACCCCUCAGCCCAGGCGGAGCUCCACCUCCUCUGCGUCCUCCCUCCUCCCUCCUCUGGACUCCGCCCCCUCGCGCUGGGAACGUAACAACGGCAAGAGACCCCACCCUGACCUCAACUUGACCAG